AUGGGUUUUGGAACAUCAAUUGUUGUUGACUAUAAAAGGUGGACUGGCAUGUGCGCGGACACGGAAGCACUUUGGGCACAGAGAAGGUGCAUUAUUUAUCAUUGGGGACACUGCAGUUGUCAGUCGUUUUUUGUCGGUUUGGUUGCAUCGGGAGCUUUAGCUUCUGGCUUGAGGCUAAUCACUAAGGGAGCUUUUGAUAAAACCGAAAAUGGUCUUCGUAAGGGAGUUAUUCUGUUUCUUGUCAUCUCGACAUUUUUGAAUUUAUAUGUUAUUUCCUCUACGCAUUUGUGUUCAGGAAUCUACGGAUCCACUUCCGGAAAAAAAGUAGCCUUGGAAGGGUCCAAAACGGUCUCGGCUGAUCUUGCAGCCACGGGUAUCCAUACCUCAGAUGGCAAAACUGCCCGAUUAGGCAACAAGGAACUGCUACUUCAGAACAUUGAUUACACAUUGGACGUUUACUUGAUAUUUAUACUUACACUCUCGAUCUUCCCUGGGUUCUUAUACUCUCCAAGGAAGGUCUUCCGGCAUGUACCGAUCAUCAUCUUACUUCAUGGCUCAGACUCUUGGUGA